ACACAAAAAAAUAAUGGUAUUAAGGCAGUCUCUAAAAAUUUAGUAAAGUGUAUUUCGAUAUGUCGCGAUAUCUCUAUGGGGACUUGAUACUGGAGGCCUUCAUGGAGUUUCGACGACCAAUGAGCAUGGAUGAGGUUGUCGAAUAUGUGGCUGAAAUGACAGAUAGCACAUAUCUGCAGGUGCGACUGCCUGUGGACAACACCUUGACAGCUGCCUGGAUGCAUGGCUUUGUGGAGCGUAACAAUGAUCUUUAUACGCUGCAGUUGCCCGACUAUGCAAAAGAGCAUCGACGACAUCGUAAUUCUCUUCACUUGGGUCGAAAACGCGAGUGCUCCUCAUUCAAACAGCGGAGACAUUGCAAACGCUUGUAAUUUCAAAGUGGAAAUGCUAAGAUACUAAAAUUGAAUAAAAUACUGAAAUAGUAAAAUACUAGAA